AUGUCAGCUGCACCACCGUACGAGCCACUAAAACGGACAAGCGAGCAUGUGCCGCAUUCCCUGUAUCAAGACCUGAGCCGCGAUAUCAGCCUGAGCAAUGCGGAAUCACGAGCUGGAUUGUAUACGCCGAACAUGCUCAUGAACCUCCAGCGUCUAGGACAGAAGCCGGGAUCGUUCUCAGAAACCAACCCAAUGACCAACCGCCUGCUAACGCCAACCUCACCCUCUUCCAGCCUACCUGCCUACAUCAAGCCCGUUCCAUCGCGCCUGGGUCAAGACGAGAUCAUGUUUCUAGAAAGAAAAGGUGCUCUUACAAUACCGCCGACACCGCUUCGAGACGCCUUGCUCAAGGAAUACGCCGAGUUCGUCAACCCAUAUAUGCCGCUGUUGAACUUCCACGAGUUGAUCGACAUCAUCGAUCAGAACGAUGGCUCGGACACAGUCAGCUUGCUUCUGUUCCAAGCAAUCAUGUUCGUCAGUGUUGCAACCGUGGAUCUGCGGUACCUGAAGGCGGCGGGAUACUCCAGUCGACGAGACGCACGACGGGAGUUCUUCCAGAAGACGAGGCUGCUUUACGACUUUGAUUACGAGGUCGACCGGAUCUCCUUGAUUCAGUCGUUGUUGCUGAUGACUUAUUGGUACGAGACUCCGGACGAUCAGAAGGACAGCCACCAUUGGAUGGGCAUUGCCGUGUCCCUUUCGCACACCAUUGGCCUCCAUCGGAACCCCGAGAAGACUUCUUCGAUGGACUUGCCCAGACAGCGACUAUGGCGGCGAAUGUGGUGGGCAACGUACAUGCGAGAUCGCCUCAUUGCGCUUGGCAUGCGUCGUCCAACGAGGAUAAAGAACAAGGACUUUGACGUGCCGAUGCUGACUAUGGACGACUUUGAAAUCCACGAGCUCUCCGACCGACCAUCGUGCAUUCCGGCUGAAUGCAAGGUGAUGCGCAAUGCUGAGAUGCAGCGACAGCUGGCAGUCAUGUGCAUCGAGAAAACCAAGCUUUGCGUUGCCAUGAGCCAUAUUCUGAGCGUGCAGUAUUCGGUCCUACACAACAACCACGGCGUGCUCAGCGAAGAAGGCAGCACUCGAACGACGAUGAUGUUGGUUGCGAAGAAGCUGGAGCCAGGUAUGGAGGAAGUGCAGGAGUGCGACAAGGAGUUGCAGAAGUGGAAGGACGGGUUGGCUGAGGAGGCGCAGUACGUUGUGCCAACCUGGAAGGACGUCGAUGCAGGCAACGAGAGCAUCGUUCUCAAUCGCUCGCUGCUGCACAUGAUUUACUACGCCACACUCUCAGCACUCCAUCGGCCGCAGGUGUUGCCUUCUACCGCGUUACCACAGCGCAACCCGCCAUCUGAAAUGGUGGAUGUUUCGAGGAGAGCUGUGCGGUUGGCGGCAGCAGAGAUCACGAACGUCGCAAACACGCUUUACAACCUCGACAUGGUGCCCAAUCUGCCAACCACCGGCAUCACCGUCCUGCUCCCAGCCAUCAUAAUCCACUUGCUCGACAUCAAAGCGAAUGACGCAGUAACACGACGGGCCAGCUUAAAAGGCUUUUGCGAGUGCAUGCAAAUCAUGGCCAAGCUCCGCGACAUCUACGCCGCAGCAGACUACUCGACAGCCUUCCUCGAAGCUGCCAUCCGCAAAGCAGAGAUUACCCUACCACACAAGUCGAACGAGCUCAAAGACUCCCAAAACGUCAUCACAUCCACCCAAGGCCUUGUCGAAGCAGGCAGGCGAAUGCACCUAGUCGGAUCAGCGCCCGACUCGCACGCCCUGACUCCGCCACCAGAAGACCAGAAAAUGCUCGACCCCAUGGAGCCGUUGUCCGACGAAGAGAUCGAGCGCCGCUUAAACUCCUACCUCGCUUCCACGCCGCCAGACUCUGAGCACCACCACUGCGACGAGAGUGUAGACCUCAACAUGCCGAUGGAUGACCUCCAGCCAGAAUUUGAGCCAGACUUCGACUCCAUGAUCAAUCUCGACGCUGCGGGAGAGGUGUGGUCGCUGGAGGAUGAUGCGUAUGCGGCGAUGCAGGGAGAGAGCAGCGGGUUCACGAUGGACAUGGACUGGAUGAAGGGGAUGGGCGAUGGGCUUACGAAUGCUGGGUUGAUUUCUGUUUGA